AUGUGCAUCAUGGCGUUCGAGCUGAUCAUGUGCUGUAACUAUCUUUGUGGGGCCCGGGGAAAUUUGGACGACACUGAUGUUCUGGGCAGCCAUCUUGAAAGUUCCGUCGACGAGUGGUUCAUGUCAGCCACAAACAAUAAGCCUCCCGCUAGUAUCCAGCCGCAAAGGACUUGGUUCAGCAAGUUAUUUCAUGCCGCAUACCCACAGUUGCAUCUUGCUGCCCCAGUGCCCUGGAAGGCUCUCUCAAGAAAUUUAUUUGCAAAUGUAACAGAUGGAUCAUCCUCUGCUGGUACAUGUUACAUGCUGCAUGCCAUACUGGUCAUGAUAUAUGUCGUCCUUGUUAUCGUUUAUAUCGCCCACUGGGAACACCGUGCGACUCUGCCAUUCACGCAAAUGAACAAUGAUUUCUGGUCUGUGGUGCUGAGUGCUUCACUACAAGCAUUUUACACUGUUUACACGGCUGUUCUACUCUUCUUUACCCAACGGCUUGCGAUGUCAAGAUCGCUAGUACAUCGUCUGAAAUUGACUACCAUCCACGAUAUCUCGGGUGCAUGGUCUGGCCUCGGCUCCGCACUCAGCAGUGUCUGGCAACAAACUGAUAUCCCUGCCUCAUGGUGGAUGAUAUCUACUGUGACAGCCUACCUUGUGUGCAUUUCCGUGCUGCAUAUCACCUCUUCCACUCUCCUACAAAUUCAAACAUUCAAUACUUCUAUGACGACUUCUGUGCCAACAAUGUUAGCAUGGCCAUAUGAUUCAUCGAUUUUUGGCACCUAUGAGACGAACUGGGCAUCCAUCACCGCAUCCUUACCAGUUGUCAGUCAAUUGUCCGGACUGGUCUCUGUAGGGUUAUCCAACGCUACAGUCUACGAUACCCCAUACACAAACUCUGUGGCAGGAAACGCAACUGUGGAUGCAACGACAAUAAGCUCACGUUGCGGGUUGCUUCCCAAUCUCACAUACUCUGCGGACGCCGGUAUGCUAAGUGUAAAUUCUACGAUUGGUGAUGGAUACGGAACUUUCAUAUCUAUGGGCGCCAGCUACCCCUGGCCAGACCAAGUACAAGUGCUUUCAUACAACUGGGUUUAUCCAAGUGGCAACGUCACACCACCGGAUACUAACCCCGGUGUCAUCCUUAUGGUCUCUACAUUAUUAGACAUCGAGCCUUCCAUACAAAAGGAGGUCGCCGUGCCGAUAUCUGUGGAAUUUGUUUAUAAUAAUUCUUGGGUGCCAUAUGUCCUUGAAGUAUAUUUUGUGCAAUGCUCGCUUUCGGCCGUCACUGCAGAAGCGGUGCUUGACAUGCAGGCCAACAGUCUGCAGAAUCCCGUGCCCAUGUCGCAACCAUCCACACAGUGGGAAAUCAAGGAGUGGUCCCAGUGGGCAUCUGAUUCCUGGCAAGCAUGGAUUAAUUCGGCUUUGGCUAACCAGGUUGGUAGCGGGUAUUCAUUUUCAGACUUAGCUGGACCCCCCUCUGGAAAUCCCCCCAACGAACCCUCGAUUUCGGACGAGCAUAUCAUGUCAUUGGUAGGCUUAAAUCUCGCCGUCCAGGCUUUGGGAAGGGGAGAUGGGAUUAGUCCUUUUCCUACUUUCGUGUUGAGCCCGGAUAAACUGGAGGCUGCCAUUGCGCAGGUAACUGCACAACUCGUUUGGACAGCGGGGCGAAUCGGGACAACAAACGGAGGAUUUCAAUACGGGGGUGGAACAGCUUCUGUUAAUGAGCAGAUCAUUGCCCUACGCCUCAAUGUCAAUCUUCUUCCUCUGUUGUUUGCAACAUCUGCGUCGGUGAUCAUGAUGAUAUUGGCUCUAUCCAUGACAAGAGCAUUUGAUGCAUCCAGCGACAGCCAAGCUGCCAUCCCGAAUACAGGUGUACUGCAACUCUUGUGGUUGGGUCGUCACUCAGCCCCUGUCAAUGAAGCAAUGGAUGAUGUGGAGAAUCCGACAGAGGCAAACCUGCGCCGCGCAGGCAUGAUAGAUGUUCGUUUUGCAAAGACAAUAUCCGAUGAAUCAGAGUUGGGGGGAUUCAGCUGA